AUGGCUAAAAUACAGUUAGUUUACUUCCAGUCAAAUGGUGUAUGUCAACUCUUGUGCUGUGUUCAUUCAAUUGCUUUUGCAGGCCGUGGAGAGUCAAUAAGGACUCUCAUGGUUGACAAUAAUGUAGAAUACGAGGAAAUUGAUGUAGGACCAUUUGACGACUGGGUGAAAGAAUGGAAACCAAAAAUGGCGUUUGGUCAGUGUCCUUAUUUAAAAGAUGGAGACGUAGAGAUUGUACAGUCUAAUGCAAUUCUGAGAUAUCUGGCUAGAAAACUAGAUUUGUAUGGUUCAAAUAAUAAAGAAGCAACAAGAGCGGACAUGAUCAAUGAUGGGGUGGAAGAUCUUAGAACAGAAUAUACAAGGAUGAUUUAUCAGAACUAUGAGAAAGGAAAGGAUCCAUUUAUAGAAGAUCUUCCAGGAAAACUGCAGCAUUUUGAGAACUUGAUGAAAAGUGGAGAUUAUGUACUGGGAAGCAAGAUUUGUUUCACUGACUACAAUUUGUUUGACCUUUUGAAUUGCCUGGUGACCUUAUCUUCCCCCUGUCUUGAUAAAUUUCCCAACCUAAAGGCCUACCGUGAUCGUAUGAUGAAUAGACCAGGGAUCCAGAGGAGAAGGGCAACUGAGCACUUCAAAGGACUAAAAAUUAAUUUCAAUGGAAAACAGUGAGAAAAUCUGAAAAUA